GGGUGCGAUUUUGUACGCGUUCCAAAAUGGAACGGAGGCGUUCCGUUCCAUCGAGCCGCACACGAUUGGUCAAUUUGAAUCGUGACGAACGCCAUGACGUCAAUUGUGACGUGAACCGUGACGUCUUACUGCUGUCAAUCAUUCCGUGUCGUCUGCUAACGGACGAACGCAACGGAACGGUUGCCGAGUCCGUCCGUUUCGAUAGAACGGAUUAGAACGGCUACCAGACGACUUGGAUUGGAUUAAAACGUAAGCGCUUGGGACAGUUAGCCUCUUUCGUAUCCGGUUCAAUCCAAAUCGGGAAUCCCAACAGUUGGAGAAAAUGGCGUUUUCUUUCUCUGCCGUGUCUUUUCGUGUCGCCUGUGCGGCUGCUGCAGUCGCGCAGAGACGAUGACCCGAGGUAGAUGAUGCAUUUAAAGAGUUGACGGAGGAAGAGUUCCGGCAAUAUUUUCGUCUGUCCAAACGAACAGUGCAUCGCUUGUGCGACGAGCUUGACUCCAUCAUUGGAUGCCAGCGAGCCAGUGGCCUUUCCACAGAAAGGAAGGUGUUGUGCGCGCUGCGAUUUUUCGGCACUGGAAGCUUCCGGAGGAGCAUUGGUCGCGAGGAGCAAAUAGGCAUGGCGCAGCCGGCCGCGAGCAACACCAUCCAGGAGGUGACGGAGGCCAUCAUUUCCGUGUCUGCCCGGAGAAAGUUGGUGGACUUUUCAUUGACACCGGCUGCCAAGGAUGAGGCAAAGGCGGCGUUUGCGCGACGCGGUGCCAUUCCAGGCGUGCUAGCGUGCGUCGACGGCACGUUGAUCGCCGUUAUGAAGCCAGAGGGACUCAGCCCGGCCGACACGGCGAGCUUCAUGUCGAGAAAGGGUUAUUACGCCCUCAACGUCAUAGUCGUGUGCAACUCGGAACUUUGCAUCCUUGUUGUGGACCUCCGGCUCCCUGAUUCGGGCCACGACUCUUGGAUGUGGCAGCAUAAUCCACUGUGUACGCGCCUCGCCGCACAACUGCAGCCUGGCGAGUCUCUGCUUGGUGGCCAGCUACGACUAGUGCCAGGGAGCGCACCUUCUCCAGUAUGCCCUCCUGAGUCGCUGCCGUCCUCUCUGCCGCGAUGGCGAGCCGGGUGGUGGAUUGUUCGAUCCUUCGCAGCACCUGAAACGAAUAAUUGUGGUGGAAUUGUUCAUAUGAGUUGCUGAUUACUCGCAACCAGCUCAUCGCUGGAAGCUGUUGUUGUCAAGAAUUGCAACGUGCACAACAAUUGCCCACCUCCCUCGCUGUAGCCACUGUAGUGUCUAUCCUCCUAACACAUCACAUAUCCUAUGGCAAUGCCAUCCAAAACUACCCCCCUUACCCAAACCUUCAUCCCUCCCAUCUACCCCUUCCUCCGAGUGGCUGACCGCCGCAACCACCCUUCACGACCAACGAUUCCUUGGGGACUUCAUCGGCCUAGCGCUGAAGCAUGCCGCA